UUCAGAAUCAAAAACUUUGGCAUCCUUUGAAAGCCUUUUAAGCACUUGGGUGAAUGAAACAAUAAAACCACAACAGCAUUCUCACAUAGGCAGCUCUUCUGAAUCCUAUUUUCCAAACAAUGGUUAUAGAAGUACUCAUAUUUGAUAUACCAUAUUGUUUUCCACAAAAGAAAGGCUUUUAUUAAACAUCAGCGAGCUUCACCUUCACAAUGGGCUGCAUGUGCAUAAAGCAGCGAGUUAAACACGAUGACCCUGCUUUUCUCGCUUCUCAAACCUGUUUUAAUGUGACCGAUGUUAAAAAUUUGUAUGAGCUAUUCACGAAACUAAGCAGUUCUAUAGUUAAUGACGGGCUUAUAAGCAAAGAAGAACUUCAGCUUGGUUUAUUCAGGAGUGUCAAGAAACAAAGUCUCUUUGCAGACAGGAUCUUCCAACUCUUUGACUCCAAACAUGAUGGGGUGAUAGAAUUUGGAGAGUUUGUUCUUUCUCUGAGUGUCUUCCACCCAGAAGCACCUCAAGCAGAUAAAGUUGCUUUUGCAUUUCAAUUAUAUGAUAUAUGGCAAACAGGCUUUAUCGAACGGGAUGAGGUCAAGGCAAUGCUUUGGGCAUUUAUGAAGGAGUCAGACUUGAUCCUUUCUGAAGAUAUAAUUGAAGCCAUUAUUGAUAAGACAUUUGAGGAAGCUGAUUCAAAAAAAGACGGAAAAAUUGACAUGGAAGAGUGGAAGGAGUUUGUGUCUCGCAAUCCAUCCUUACUGAAGAACAUGACAAUUCCAUAUCUGAAGGACAUCACAACUGCAUUUCCUAGUUUCAUGAUGAGAUCAGACUUUGAAGAUGAUAUUAACAAUCUUUGAAAAGGAUGACA